UGACACUGGUAUGUAAUUUUCAAAUUCGGGGGCCUAUUUUGACGGGUUCAAGGGAUUUCUAACAAAUAACAACAAACUGCCGACACUUUAUGUCCUAGCAAACCACGCGAAACUGCGGAGACGCGAAGGUCAUGCGAUGUCCUUUCCACGAACGGGAAGUCUUAUCUCUCCCUAUUGUCCUCUCGGUCCAGAUGAAGCGGAAAUUCUCUGACGUCAUGUCCUGGAAGAGCUGCGGUCCCGGAAGAAGCAAGCAGCCAUCGGACGUGAGCGUAGUGUGCAAAACAAUCACAAGCUGGCCGCAUCCCAAGGGCGAAAGCGGCCUCUUCUACGCCGGGUUCCGCUACAUCGGUCUGUACAACAAGGCCAUCGGCGCCUGCUUCCUGGGCGGCCUUGAAUCGGCCGACUGGACAAAGGUGUACAGCUUGCAGCAUAGUUGGUUCACCUGCUGGACAUUGUCAUGCGCCUUCACAAGCGUGGUCUUCGGCUUCGCAGCAGUGGUCGAGUACGACCGCUGCAGCCGCCAACUGAGCGAGGCGGACCGCUUCCACGCCAAGGCGUACGCUUGCUACGUGAGCUGCGUGGUGCUCGAAAGCUUCGUCAACUACACCAUGGCGCUGGUGCGUGCUCCUAGGCUUCAGGGCCUGAUCGCCAAGUGUUCCGAGCUCGAAAGGCGCCUGCGGACACCUCCUGGCUCCAAGCGUCGCACGCAGCUGUACGCCGUUGGUGUGAUGAGCUUCUACGCAGUGCAGAUCGCCCUGUGCAUGUCGCUGGCCGUGGCCACCGACUGCGGCGCGUCGAUGCUGCUGGACAAGGCUUCGCCGCUGAUGAAGGUCUACUCGCGGGGCCUUGGAACCUGGUACAUCCUGGUCCUUGUACCUCAGUGCCUGGGACCCCGAAUGUGCAUGUCUUACUCGUUCGCCGUGUUCCGCUUCCAUCUGCAAUGCAUUGGACGGGAGAUCAAGGAGUGCCUGAGCUCCACCACCACGGUGCCUGAACAGAAAGCCGUGCUGACGGAGCAGUGUCGCGCCCAGCUACAGAGCCUGAGGGAGUGCCUACACGAGACGGGCGUCAUCCUGGGCCCUGGCCUGCUCUUCACCUACGGAUACACGGCAGCACUGUUCUGUGCCGCCUUGAUCUACUGCUUGCUGCCGAACGUGACUCACGUCAACAAGAUAUUCUUCCUGGGCAGCGGGUGCAUGCAUUUCGGCAGUCUGCUGCUGCCAACCGCGCUGGCUCACUGUUUCGCCGACGAUGCGAGUACCAGAUGCUUUGCCAUGGUGUCAUUUUAAUUUUUUUUAAUUAGGGCGCCGUAUCGCAGAAAAUCCGGCGUCGGCAACCGGCGUGUGAUAGCGGGUGGCGGAGAAAAUCAUCCAACCACAUCGACCGCAUAGGCCCUCCACGUGGUGCAAGGUUGUGGUGAAGAAAAAUUGAAUUUCUCGCAAUGAAAUCCGUCAGAAAAAUGGCAAAGUACAACUUUACCACUCGGCGGCGGAUUUGCCGUCCGAUUGUUUACCAAUCGGCGUCGGAUGGUAAUUUGAAUGUACGA